AUGACGGCCAUGAAAGCCCCAGAAGUUGGAGAAUCCUCCACCAGUGCCGCAAAAAAGAUAUUGAAAGCUAAUACCAACGGAGUUACGAAUUAUGAAUUACCAUGGGUUGAAAAAUAUCGACCAGUGUUCCUCGAUGAUAUAGUAGGAAACACAGAGACGAUAGAACGAUUAAAAAUUAUAGCUAAAGAUGGAAACAUGCCGCAUGUUAUUAUUUCUGGUAUGCCAGGUAUUGGAAAGACGACGAGUGUGUUGUGUCUGGCUAGGCAGCUGCUAGGAGAUUCAUACAAGGAGGCAGUAUUGGAGUUGAAUGCUAGUGACGAGCGAGGUAUCGAUGUUGUACGUAACCGCAUAAAAGGAUUUGCGCAAAAGAAAGUCACACUCCCCGCCGGUCGCCAUAAACUCGUUAUCCUCGAUGAAGCAGAUAGUAUGACAUCUGGAGCCCAACAAGCCUUACGUCGUACAAUGGAGAUAUACAGUUCGACUACACGAUUUGCAUUUGCGUGCAAUCAAUCGAAUAAGAUUAUUGAGCCUUUACAAUCCAGAUGUGCCAUUUUACGAUAUGCGAGAUUGACGGAUGCGCAAGUGGUCAAACGAUUGUUACAGAUUAUUGAGGCGGAGAAAGUAGAAUAUAGUGAGGAUGGGCUGGCUGCAUUGGUUUUCAGUGCAGAGGGGGAUAUGCGACAGGCUAUCAAUAAUCUACAGUCGACUUUUGCGGGAUUUGAAUUCAUUAAUGGAGAUAAUGUGUUCAAGGUUGUGGACUCGCCUCAUCCGAUCAAAGUACAAGCUAUGAUUAAGGCAUGCUACGAGGGGAAAAUCGAUUCUGCAUUGGAGAUAUUGAAUGAGUUGUGGAACUUGGGAUACUCGAGCCACGAUAUUAUCAGCACGAUGUUCAGGGUUACGAAGACGGUCAAUACCUUGAGUGAGCAUUCUAAGCUGGAGUUCAUCAAGGAAAUUGGAUUCACCCAUAUGAAGAUUCUGGAGGGAGUUCAAACACUGCUGCAGUUGAGUGGUUGCAUUGCAAGACUUUGCAAGUUGAAUAUGGAUCCGAGACAGUUCGUUACUAAAUAA